AUGAUAAGUCAACCAGCAGCGGGCACGCAAGUUCCUGGCCCUCGCCCUCUGAACCGCCCUGCUCUCCCUUCCAAGCUCAGCAACGUCAACCUGAACACACAACAUGACAUCUCCGACGUCGACGAGGCAAACCACUCGGCCUACACGGCAAACGGCAUGCUUCAGUACGGCGGCCACUCGGCCAACACUCCCGACGAACCCAAGCAACAUAUUCCGCCACGCCUCCUCUCGCAGCCUACAACAUCACUGCCCCUACCUCGUCGCCCUCAAUCCUUGACCUUGACCGCUCCAGGCCAAUCUCGCCCGCAACUACCGAAGCCCUCCCCCACACCCGUCCUGGAUCCUUCAACAAGAGCCAACGGCCUACAACCACCCGCAGUGGCCACCAAACUCCCCAAGGAGAAGGCCGCCGACUUUUUCCCAUGGACCAACAUCGAAGGCAAGCACCCGGAAGAUGUGCUGAACGAGCACCUUAUCAAGUCUGGAUACAGCGACAAGCCCGCCGGCGCUUCACAAACCGAAUCAAACAUCGCUCGCCCUCACCUGUGGCCCAGCUUGAAGAACAAGAAUGGUCUGGGCGUAUUGUCUGCCCUCUUCGUCCAAGUGCUGGACAAGAGGGCUUCGAUGCGUCUCUGCACCGCCCCUUCCACCUUCAAGCCGCCGCCGAGGGUUACUUUGACCGACACUAAGAGAGAGGCAUGGCUCAAGGACCUCGCCAACCCCGAUGUGCCAUUGCGAAGGUUGAGUAGGACCAUCCCCCACGGCAUCAGAGGUAAAGUGCUCCUCGAUCAUUGUAUUACCAAGGACAUUCCCAUCGCCAGAGCCGUGUGGCUUUCCAAGUGUGUCGGCGCCAACGAAAUCCGUGCUUUCAAGAGAAAAGGUGUCUCUGGCCCUGCUGCCUUGGCUGGUGAACUGAAGUGGAUCAAAGAAUGGACUGUCUUUGUAGAGCAAUUUGUCGACAGCAUCAUCUCUAGCUGCGGUCAACCAGGAUGGUCGCAAAAGAUGAACUAUGCGGUCCGCUUGGGCACUCAUUUCUACGCUGAGCAUCUCCUCGACGAAGAGCAUUACAUGGACUGGAUUCUUACUUCUCUCAAGCAAAGCUCUUCCGAAAGACUACCCGUCUGGAUUCUACUCACUCAGAUCUACUGGAAACAUCUCAUCUCCCACCGAAAACGAGGUCACCGUCUUGCCGAAGCUCUCCUUAGUCACGCCAAAUCUCUAUCCAGCACGCCUUAUGGCAUCAAUUUACAGCUCGUCACACGCUUGAACCAGCUGAUCAGUGUCCUGGCCGUCAACCACAGAGGAUGUCUAGUCUUACCAAAAUCUUGGAACGAUUACAAAACCUACUUUGCUUCUGUCAAGCCGAGUGGUCGAAUCAACAUGGAGGCUGAUGGCUUGGCCAAUGUCACUAGACGGAACAAUCGUUUGUCAGGUGCAACCCCUCAGGCAACCUCGAGGACUCCCAGACUUAGGCUGUUGGACAUCUUGGAUUCUGUCGACCUGGACGUUCAAAUUGACAGGAUUGCCACUCAAUGCGAGUCACUUGGACUUGACACACGGUUCGUGUUGGUCACAGUGCUUGAGUGGGCAACCUCCAAACAUCGUUCUGGUAUUGCUCGUGUCUACCUCGCUGCACAGCUGAUACGCUUCUGGAGUUUUGCUGGCUUCAGUGCAGACGAUGCUGUGUUGACCAUGCUCGAGAAGGCUAGACAUGACAAUACCGUGGAGCCUCGCCUGAUCUACAAACUUGUCUCUGCCUUGGCACGAUCUGGCCACUUUUCGGUUGGCAGAUACCUCCAAUGGCUCAUCUCUAUGGGUGUUCUCUCUGGCUCCAGUGCUGCUGCGAAUGAGGCCCAGCUUCUCCUAGAGUUACCGACUGCUUAUCUUUCUUCACACAUCGUCAACUUGAGGCGCACACUCCUAAAUCGAGUUGGCUAUCACGCCGAUGCGGAGUCACGAGAGAUCGAGAACUACAAGACCGUCUUGUCUCAACACCUUGGUGGCAUGUCCUUGCCUAGCCCUGGCGUACCAUCACACGAGCCUGCUCUCACCAGCAAGCCUGUUGGCGCUGUCAAGAUGGCAGUCGCACAAUGGCUCUGUGAGAGAGUGAUAUCACCAAGCUUUGAUUCGAUCAGUGACACUAGCUUCAACGGCAACCUCGCCGCCUUCUGCUUGGUGCGCCAUACAUUGGAGCAAUUUGAAGACUUCCCGAGCUUGGCCAAAGUCAUUGCUGCAGCAUCCAAUGGUAGCAACCCACAAAUAUUGGCCGCUACUGCAGACACUGUCAACUUGAAUAUUGAAAUAUUCGCCACGAUGGGUUUCCUGCCAGCACUGGUCUCUCAAAUCUACCAACAACAACGUCGGCUACGUUCAAGGCAGCCUUUGGACCGCACUUUCCUCUUGUCAUUGUCAGGAUUGGUCCGUCGCGUGCCGGCCGGUGCGAUGUAUGGAAAGACCAUUGAUAGCGAGCUUGCAAUGUGCGAAAUCCAAAGCUCUACCGUCGCAUGCUCGCCGGCAUCAGACAGCAUGGCAAUCUCUCAUUCUGGAAGCCUUGAAUCUGAUAACGAUAUCGAUCGAGUGCUUACCAGCGGCAAUACUAUGGAUGAGCAGCUCAUGAUGCGCAUGUUCACCACAGUUGCGGAUCGCAGCGUCAAGAUGGGAUCUCAAGGGCUGUCCCGCGCUAGCACCUGGUUUGCACAACUGCGGUCGUUCGAUCAGACAACGUUCGAGCAGUUAGUCCAGAGGCUCGUAGUCCGGAUGGCUGAGACCGUCGCCCCAUACGAAGCUGUAGAAAGCGUUGUUACCUCGUUGGUCGGUUCCGGUUGCUUGAAGUUGGACAGCUUCUUUCAGAUUUGGGACAAGAAACUCAACACUGUCAAAUCCACAGAGCCCGCCAACGCUAGCCGUCUAGCUAUGACUUGUGCAAGAAUUUUGAUCCCUUCCACGUCUGUAAUGCAGAACCAGGCCGCCGAGGCUUAUCGAUUCAAGGUUGCACAGAACAUGUUCUGUCUGAGAAACAUGGGAGUGGUUAUGCGCAUCAUCUGGCUGCUGUUACAACUGAGCCCGCAAAGCAUUCUUUCGAAAACCGGAAACCCUCUAGAAGAGAAGGUCACUGCUCUUCUUCGCCGGUACAUCGUCAAGGAUCCCAAGUUAGUUGCGCAGGAGCUGGUUUGCAGAUCCAACCCUAUGCUGGCUCAGAACUCCGUUCAACCUCUCCUGGACUCGUUGUUGGGUCUAGAACCCCAGGAACAACAUGCAAAGAUGUCAGUGAUCGACAAAGUGACCAAGAUCGUUGGUUCAACAACAGAACUUUCACUGCCUUUUAGCCAGUUGGCCCUGCAGCAGAUCUCUUCAAUUCUUUCCGGGGGCAACAGCUUGUCAGAGCAGGACAAAGCUAGUCUGGUUCGCACCUUCCAGACAGCGAUCGAGAACACGUCUUCGGUCUGGCCACAAUUAUUGAGCGCCCUUGACAAGGAUCUCAUCAGUCAUAUUCACUCUUGGGCAGGCGAGUGCGUCCUGGAGAAGCUUUCCUCCAUAGUCGCCGUCGAUGGGUCCAUGGAAGAAGAGGCCGCUGUGAGGCGAUAUCUGAAAGCUGUCGAGGCCUCGUCACUUGCCGCUUCGACUCAAUCAGCACCAACAAACGUUGUUGUCAUGCUUACAGAGCAGCUGAAACGAUUAGGUCAGCUUGCCGAAGGAAUCAAUCCACUUGAUCCUGCGCAGUCAGACAAGAAGGCACGCGUGUCGUUUGGCAUCGGAGUGUUGCUGCAGCUCACCACCAUGCAGCAUCACACAAUUCAAGAUGCUAAUGCCCUUGCACAAGACUUGAUCCCUCUCAUGGGUGUUCUUUGUGCUUUGCUCAUUCAUCCAAAGCUUCAAGGCCAGCAACCAACUCUUGAAUACAUUCUCGAUGUGGCUUCCAUGAUCUCUGACGACCUUUCUAACGAGCACAUGCAUACAGUCCUACGGAACCUACCACCUCAAGCUCGUUGCAUCCCACGUCUGCGCUAUCUAUUCGGAACUCACCCAUCUCCCGACGCUUGGUUGUCUCUUGCAUCCAAAGUCGUUCCUUCUGCAGCUCAGCAGAACCCGACUUCGACGCCUCUGCAAACAUCAUCUUCGCCGGCUUCAGCCAACCAGUCGCCAUCAAUGCUACAGAGACCAUGGCCAGUUCCUGCCCGUCCCGGAAUGCCUGCUCGCCCGCCAUCUGUGCCUAACACACCCACGCUGUCUCAAGCGCAUCUGCAACAGCAGCAAGCACAGCAAACAAGAAUGUCCAUGGGCAUGGGCGUAAACAGAGGACCUGUGGAACUCAAGCAGACACCUUACAUGUUGAGGCGAUGGGAACUGAUGCCAGACCCAACGCCCAUCAUGGGAGCGAACGAUACAAGUCUGAGCCUUGGUCUCUUCCAGGCCAGAAAAUGUGUCUGA